UUGGGCCGCCCCGCCCGAGCCGCUGCUCGGGCCGGGAGCGGGGCGCUGGCCCGGGCUGCGCAGGCCUGGCUGUCCCGCCGGCCCCGGGCGCGUCUCAGAGUGGGAGCCGCCCUGCCGGGACAGCGCCUGCUGGGCACCGGGGCGUUGCUCUGUUUGGAACCUCGCAGGAAGCGGUGUCAUUUCCGAGGCUGUUCACCUGGGACUGGCACUGAAGCGGCACCGAAGGGUGACGGCAGCUCCAAAACAGUGAUACUGUGCUCCGAGCCUUGCUCUGGCUCCCGCGUUGUGCCUGUACUCUUUAAUUUAAAGUUAGAAGUCAGUAUGCAAAUUUGUAAAUACAGGAAACGGUCAGACUUAGCUGUUUGGAGUGCAAGUAUACACUAAACAAGCAUCUGAUGUGAAAGAAGUAAGUACAUGAAUAAGGAAAUUGAGUGCAGAUAGUUCUGGAGGUAUGCAUUAAAUCCCUGGCCAGGUGGUGAAAAGGUAAUGAGGAGUACAUCCAGAAGCUCUUGCAUCCAUUACAAAGAUGCAAAGUCCUGUUGCUGGUGAAAACAACUCACUUAUGAAUUCAAAGCUGACCAAAGGUCAGCCAAUGUCUCUGGAAGCUCAAAUAUGGCUGCAGGCAAUCGCCGGCUUCAGCAAACUCAACACCAAGUAGAUGAGGUUGUUGACAUCAUGAGAGUGAAUGUGGACAAGGUAUUGGAGCGAGAUCAGAAGCUGUCAGAGCUGGAUGACCGCGCUGAUGCCCUGCAAGCAGGGGCUUCCCAGUUUGAGACCAGCGCAGCCAAGCUGAAGAGGAAGUAUUGGUGGAAGAACUGCAAGAUGUGGGCAAUAUUGAUAGCUGUUGUUGUCAUUAUCAUCAUCAUCAUUAUUGUCUGGAGUCUGUCUUCAUGAGUUACAAGAAGAAACUCAGUUCAACUGAAGGUGCCUUUGAGAAUCUUCUUCAGCCUCUGCACUCCAAACCUACUGUCUUCUCAGCCCAUUUACUGCUGUUUAAAGCAAAACUAUUUUGAUUACCGAGUUGUUUACUAACUUUA